AUGUAUCCCAAGCUCUCCAUCGCCGUCACCCUCCUGACCACCGCGGGCCUCGUGUCCGCCGACGCGACUGUCUACCUGAUCCGCCACGGCGAGAAGCCCAGCAACGGCAGUGACGGUCUCAGUGCCGAAGGGUUCGAGCGCGCCCAGUGCCUGACCCAUGUCUUCGGCCCCGAUUCCAGCUAUGACAUCGGAUACAUCAUCGCAGAGCAGCCCGAGUCAGAUGGCAGCCGGGACCGACCGUAUGAGACGGUCUACCCCCUCGCAGAGGAGCUGGGCCUCACCAUCGACACCUCCUGCACCAAGAAGGACACGAAGUGUGUCAAGAAACUCGUGGACGACUACACGGGCAGCGACAAUAUCCUGAUCUGCUGGGAGCACGGGGAGCUGAAGAAGAUUGUCAAGAAGCUGGGAGAUGACAACCCGCCCACCUACCCGAGUGACCGGUUUGAUCUGAUUUGGACCGAUCCUUCGCCGUACACCAACAUCACCGAUAUCACGAGCGAGGACUGCCCGGGCCUGGACAGUUGAAGGAACAGAACGGUUCCGAUCGGGUGGCGUGUUCCAUGCAACGGGCGCGGUUGCUCGACCUAAAGUCAACCUCCAGACGGGCGUCGGGAGGAUUCCUCGCAGACCACUAGCAGUGGCGAGAAACCCAUGUAGUUACUAUAUGAGUGUGC